UUAGAGAGCAGUAUCAUACGGUUAGAGAGCAGCAGCAUACGGUAGAGAGCAGCAGCAUACGGUUAGAGAGCAGCAGCAUACGGUUAGAGAGCAGCAGCAUACGGUAGAGAGCAGCAUCAUACGGUUAGAGAGCAGCAGCAUACGGUUAGAGAGCAGCAGCAUACGGUAGAGAGCAGCAGCAUACGGUUAGAGAGCAGCAGCAUACGGUUAGAGAGCCUCAGACCUCAGUAUUUCUAAAACGCUCAGGAUAAAAGCCCCAAAGAAUCAGGGUUGUGUUGUGUUCAUGGUCGUGUUGUGUCUAGGGUCGUGUUGUGUUCAGGGCGUGUUGUGUUCAGGGUCGUGUUGUGUUCAGGAUCGUGUUGUGUUCAGGGUCAUGUUGUGUUCAGGGUCGGAUUGUAUUCAGGGCGUGUUGUGUUCAGGGUCGUGUUGUGUUCAGGAUCGUGUUGUGUUCAGGAUCGUGUUGUGUUCAGGGUCAUGUUGUAUUCAGGGCGUGUUGUGUUCAGGGUCCUGUUGUGUUCAGGGUCGGGUUGUGUUCAGUGUCGGGUUGUGUUCAGGGUCGGGUUGUAUUCAGGGCGUGUUGUUUUCAGGGUCGUGUUGUGUUCAGGGUCGUGUUGUGUUCAGGGUCAUGUUGUGUUCAGGGUCAUGUUGUGUUCAGGGUCCGGUUGUAUUCAGGGCGUGUUGUGUUCAGGGUCCUGUUGUGUUCAAGGUUGUGUUGUGUUCAGGGUCCUGUUGUGUUCAUGGUCGUGUUGUGUCUAGGGUCAUGUUGUGUUCAGGGUCGGGUUGUGUUCAGGGUCGGGUUGUGUUCAGGGUUGGGUUGUAUUCAGGGCGUGUUGUGUUCAGGGCGUGUUGUGUUCAGGGUCAUGUCGUGUUGUGUUCAGGGUCGGGUUGUGUUCAGGGUCGGUUGUAUUCAGGGCGUGUUGUGUUCAAGGUUGUGUUGUGUUCAGGGUCAUGUUGUGUUCAGGGUCCGGUUGUAUUCAGGGCGUGUUGUGUUCAGGGUCCUGUUGUGUUCAAGGUCGGGUUGUGUUCAGGGUCGGGUUGUAUUCAGGGCGUGUUGUGUUCAGGGUCGUGUUGCGAUCAGGGUCGUGUUGUGUUCAGGAUCGUGUUGUGUUCAGGGUCAUGUUGUGUUCAAGGUUGUGUUGUGUUCAGGGUCCUGUUGUGUUCAGGGUCGGGUUGUGUUCAGGGUCGGGUUGUAUUCAGGGCGUGUUGUGUUCAGGGUCCUGUUGUGUUCAGGAUCGUGUGGUGUUCAGGGUCCUGUUGUGUUCAGGGUCCGGUUGUAUUCAGGGCGUGUUGUGUUCAGGGUCCUGUUGUGUUCAGGGUUGUAGAGAUUUCUUUAUAUGUGGAUGAUCUGAAUGUAACCUUCAUUAGUGUCAAUGGUAACAGUUGAGUUUACUGGUACAGGUUAAAAUGGCUGCUGUGAAAAAGGUCCAUUGUCACCCAUCUGUCUAAUAAUAAUAA